UCAUUUAAUAAAACAGUGUUAGUAUGACAAUGGCUGGAAACUGCUUCUUGAGAGUAUCAACAUGGCUGAAGCAGAUUUAUCUGCCCUGGCUGAUUCUUUUAUACAAUCGGGAAGUACAUGCACAGUUAAAUGAUGUGAGUUGCAUUGUCCACAAUGAGGAAUUUAUGGAGUGCAGAUGGAACCACACUGAUGGGGAAGCAAACUAUACCCUGUUUUACUGGUAUACCUCAACGUCACCGGAGGAAUGUAGGAACUAUAUCCAAGAAAAUGGCUAUAAUGUUGGUUGUUAUUUCUCAAAAGACAAAAUUAUCGAAUUUGAAAACUUUUAUCUAUAUAGAAAUGGAUCCAGUGACUCAGGAAGCCUGACUAAAACAUUCCAGCUACAGAACCAAGUGAAACUCUACCCUCCUACAAACGUGACGCUGAAUAUGACAGAAAACAAUGAGCUCCUUUUGAGCUGGGAAACACCAGCCAAGUUACUGGAGUGUCGAAUGUAUGAAAUCAGGCACCGCAGUAAUAAGGAUAAAGUCUGGCAGGUACAAGUCAUCACUGCGCAAACAAAAUAUGUUUUGUCAAGUGUAGAUCCAACGAAAUUCUACACCUUUCAAGUUCGAAGUAAGAUUAACCAGUAUUGUGCAAGUACUGAGCUGUGGAGUGAGUGGAGCUCAGCUGUUCACUGGGGAAAGGAUCCCAUCCAGUCAGGGAAAAUACAUGAAAACUAUUAUCUGUUUGCCUUUUUACUAGCUUUGGGUUUGUUGAUAAUUGUAUUGAGCCUGCUAAAGUUUAAAAGGUAUCCAAUGAAAAACAAUAGUCUCAGAAGUGAGCAUUUCCCACACAGCAAAUCCCUUCGCUUUGUUUCUAAAGAAAAAACAUGGAUGCUUUUAUUAAGAUGGAGCAACAUUAUGUCACAAAAGUUUCUAUUUUAGAGGAAUAUUGUUUGGAAUGAAGAACAGCAAUAACUGAAAAUGAAGUUGGCAUCAUCAUGGCACUGUUCAUCUCACCAAUUACAGUCACACAUUGAUGUUAGUUACUAUGUAUUUUAAACACCGCUUGUGUGGAGCACCAUUACUAAAACUCAGUCGUAUAAAAAUAUAAUGUAGACUAAUGAGUUGAUUAUUAUGUAAUUAGAAUUCCAGUGAUUUUACCCAAAUCAAACAACUAAUUUUAAUUAAAAAGCUUUGUCCUGUACAAAUUAACCAGCAUUGUAGUUUUACGUUGUCAUAAAUGAUGUUGGCAAAUAAUUUUUCAUAACACAACAGUAAGAAUGUAAUGAAAAAUAGAUACUUCAAUGUAACAAUCAGCUAAUAAAAUAAUCCAACACCCGA